CUUCUAAAGCUUUUUUACCCCCACUGUGUAAUCAAAAAGCAAGGCAGACUCACUCGCUGAUUUGGACGUACAGUUUAUGGGUUUUCCUAAUUAAAUGAGCUUUAUAGGAACCGUAUUAGGCGGGGGAUUACUUGAUGAGUAGUGAUUUUCUUAAGAACAGGCCGGAUACAUUCUCGUCAUGUGGACGGGUCAUGUGGAUAAAAAAUGGCUGCCUAUUUUUAAUUCUUGUUUCUGAUAGUAACGUUAAUGAACUGUUUAUCAGGUCGUAUUUGGUAUUGGUCUUUUUUUUUUACGUGCUGAAAAUAACUGGAAUUACACCGCUUGUUCUUUUAAAGCCAGACGCUAGGAGGAACUUCAUAUCCAAAGCGUUUUUCGGCUCUCUGGCAUUGCUGUGUAAAUAAUGUUUUAGCUUUUUUCUUUUUUUUUUUUUUUUAAUUCUUCAUUGGCAGUGUUACUGGCAUUCAUGUCAAGGGGAAAAGCCAAUUUAACGUUUAAGUCACAUUGGAUGACUUCUUGUUGGAAAUAACAAGAUUUAUUUUCCAUUAUUAUUUGUGAAUUAUUGAUUACAAUCAGCAUCAUCAUCAUUAUUAUUUUGCCGGGUUCAUGUCGUUUGGUUAUACUGCUCUAUGUUAAUAUACAAAGAGUGCGAGAGAGAGCAGAAGAGAGACUGUAUCAUGGCUGGAUUGUUCUGUUAAACCUGUCUGAGUGGAUAUUUGAUGGUGCCUUUUCCCCCCAUGUCAAUCUCACAGCAGGAAAUAUGAUUAGUUCACCAGAUCUGGUAGCUUUCACGAAAGAUGAUGACUUUGGAGACACCUAUGUGGAGCCUAACUCGCUGCCAGAAGAGUUGUCGCUGCCUCUCUUCCCCCAUGCUGGAAAUGCUAACCCUUGGUCAAAGGCUUCCUUUGCCAAAUUCACCAAGGACUUCAUUCUCAUCUCCGAGUUUUCCGAACAAGUGGGGCCCCAGCCACUGCUGACCGUCCCGGAUGACCCCAAAGCCUGGGGCACCUUUGAUCUCAAUUACUUCUCUCUCAGGAUUAUGUCCGUGGAUUAUCAGGCCUCCUUUGUGAGGCACCCUCCGGGCUGCGGGUACCCCAAACUUAACUUCGUGGAGGACUCCAAAGUUGUGCUGGGCGACUCCAAAGAAGGGGCUUUUGCCUACGUCCACCACUUAACCCUUUACGACCUGGAGGCCAGGGGCUUUGUGAGGCCUUUCUGCAUGGCCUACAUCUCCUCUGACGAAGACAAGAUCAUGCAGCAGUUCCAGGAGCUCUCCUCCGAGUUCUCCAAGGCGUCCGAGUGCCUGAAGACUGGAAACCGGAAAGCCUUCGCCAACGAACUGGAAAAGAAGCUGAAGGACCUGGAGUACACCAGGACCGUGCUCCACGGGGAAGCCGAGCUGCAGAAGAAAGAGAACGGCUGCUACUCAACCCAAGCAAUAGAGAAAGCCAACGAGCUGGCUAACGUGGAGAAAUCAAUCUACGAGCACAAAGACCUUUUAAAGCAGGUCACGUCCUACCCUAACAGAAAGAUGAAGGACCCUGAGUUCCUCCCUUACGAACUCGAACCACCCUCUGACCCUCUUGGAGCGGACCAGGACCAGAACUCCGGUGGCUCUAAUCCCAAAGACCCAUCGGACGACCCCAGCAAUACCCGCAGGCCGUCUUACACCCCUCAGUUCAUAAAGGCAAAAUCAGCCAAAUGUUUCGACAAGCGCUUGAAAACGCUGGAAGAGCUCUCUGAUGUCUACUUCUUCAACCAGACCAUGGACCAGCUGGCUCAAAUCGAGAAGACCUUCAGGGGUGACCUCUGCUACAUCUCCACCAGCCAGAUAGACACAGUUCUGUUGAAGCAGCAAAAAAUCACCAACUUUCUGUUCGAGGUUUUCAGAGACUGUGAGGAGGAACCUGAAAAGCCCCAAUAUGGUGAAAUGCUAGCCCCUGACAGUGGUAACCCUCUCAAUCCUGCCCCCUUUAACGAGCCAGCUAGCCUGGAGUCAUACACGUCCUGCGUGGAGACCGUGCUUAUUAAAAUGGAGCAGGACAUCAGUGAGGAAGGGCAGCAGGAGACAGAUUCCAGCCUUUGUGACAUCACUCAGGACAAUUCCGAAGAGUGCCUGGAAGCGGAUAUGAAAGGCAGUGUAAGCAGCGGAGAGAGCAUCGAAGUGCUGGGGACGGAGAGAUCUUUCCCUGCUCAGGGAUCCUUCAUCCAAUCGGAGAGCCAGGCGAGUCUGCAGGUACAUUAUCCCGAGGUGGUCCGAAGGAAAGCAGUGAGCAAGAGGACAAACAGCGAGGACAGCAUCGAAGUGCUGAGCACCACAGACUCGAUCAUACCCGAGGAUCUGAGGGCUUCCUGCCCCAGUGCUAUUCACGAGGAGGGGCCCCACGGCGACGGCUCUGAAAAUCACAUGUACGAGUCUCCAGCUUUGAGCCAACAGCAGGUGGACUCCAGUGUGCAGGAUGCAGAGGGUUUUGAAAAGGAGGCCACAGAGCAGGGUGAUUCUGCCUGCUGCAUUGAACAGAAGGGCCCCCACUUCGAGGAUCCAGCCCCUGAGCUCAGCCAGGAGUGCAGCGACAACGGAGUGGUAAAGGUGGCCCUCAGGUCAAGCAGAGCGGGGGAGCAGGGCCCGGGUGUGGAUGAUGGAGGGUUUGUCUCCGCUGACGGGGCUCUGGAGGGGUUUCCUUCAUACGAGCUGAACCUCACUUACCUCUCUGACGAGGUGUCCAGGCUGGACCUGGAUGACGUUUCGGACAGCACCAGCUUCAUGAGCGCCUCCACCAGCUCCGAGCGGGCUGCUUCUCCAUUCCUCUCAGGCAAUCCCAUCACAGUGAAUCACAAGAGGAAAGCCGGGCAGGGUGCCCUGAGGUUUAUCAGGCAGUACCCGUUCGCCCAGCAAGCCAUAUUCUGCUUGCUCAGUGGGAGGACACUGGUAGUGAUGGGCACAGACGAAGGAAAGGUGAGAAAGCUGGUGAGCGCCCUGAUCAUUUUCGUGCCAAACCUGGGCAAGUAUGCGGAAACGAUAAAGCCCUGGCUGACCUCCCCCUUCCAAAUCACAGAUCUGCACAGCUGGAAGCUCAUCGGGCUGCACAGGGUGGCCUCUCCCACUGGCUCCAGCAUGCUGUUCUCUCUGAACCGCUACAGCCGGUACAUCAGCAUCCUGGACGCGGAUCACAAGACCCUGCGCUGCCCCCCCUACAAGGGCACGCUGAUCGGCAGGCUGGCGGACCACCGGACACAGAUCAAGCGCGGCAGCACCUACUUCAUGUAUGUGCAGAGCAUGCUGAGCCAGCUCUGCUCCAAGGCCUUCCUCUACACCUUCUGCCACCACCUGCACCUCCCCAUCCACCCGGGCGAGGGAGACGCCUCGGUGGCAAGCCGACGGAGAGGCUUCCUGCAGCACCAGCUGGGCGUCUCGGGCGAGGACGUCAAGAUCGUGCAGUUCCUGGGCGAGCUCAUCAAACUGUACUACCUUCAGGGGCAUGGCAAGGGGGCCACACCUCCUGUCUUCAGAUUUGACUACACCACCAGCUUUCUAUAUAAGAUCUAGGGAUGGCUGGCAUUCAUUUGAAGAAAUCGUUUGUGUUGGAAGAGCCUGUUUGAUUCGGCGGGCUUUAAGAUUAAUGAAUGUAAGUUAUGUGUGGUAUGGUAUUAUUUUUUUUAAUCAUCCCUUGAAUGUGUUUUUCCAGAAUAAGGCUGGUGCUGCUACUACUGCGGAUUGCAUGUGCUCCUGUAGUUUCGGGUACGUUUUUGGUUUUAGGACAACAGCAGUGAGUGCAGAUUAUUUUUUAAAAAAAAUCUUUAUUGUUGCAAAUCUCAAGUCUGCCAAGAUAGAGUAGUAGCAAUGAUACCCUGCCAUCUCUGUUAAUUUGUCACAAUGAGACAGAAACUGACAGGGUUUGAUAUUCAAAUGAAUUGCCUCAUUUAGUUUAGUAAUUUUUCAAUUGUUUCAAACUGCUUCAGUAAAUCAAGUAAGAAAAAUGGCAAUGAGAUUAUAUUCUAAAGCUGCUUUAACCGAACUGCGGAAUAAACAGCUACAAACCUUGCACGGUCGAGACUCAAGUGUUAAAAUAUAUUUUUUACCUAACCUGAAACUAACCCUAUUGAAACAGCACAUAAAGUCACAUGGAUGAAGUGUCAUCUGUCAGUGAGGCUUGACCUAAUACAUGCUCCUGCCCAGCUGCUGGGCGAGUUAAAGAAAGUCAAACCUUUUAUGAUUGACCAUAAAGAAUAGUUCUGUGUCCUCAGUAUAACAAUCGAGGACCCCACGCUGUUACGCAUGUGAAAUGUGAUCUAAUACUGGAAACAAUGAUGCUGCAAGAAUGCACAAGAUGUUGCAUGUUGUUUAUUAUUAUUAUUAUUAUUAUUAUUAUUUAUUUCUUAGCAGACGCCCUUUACCUUCUUAAAAUAAAAAAAAUAAAAUCCUAAUUUUGCAGUAUCAUUUUUUUAUGUACAGUAGCAACUGGAGUUUGUAAUGCAAGUUAAACACGGGCCGUAACUGCACAGGUCGCUAUUGUGGCCAACCACACUUUAGUGGAGGAAAGGGCAAACAUGGACUAUAGUGCUAGUCAGUGAAUCUGUGCCCCGCAGCCAAAUCUCUAUAUUGUAAUUUUGGUUUUGAUCAUAUCUAGACCAAUGGGGUGUUAAAACUGUGAGAGGUCACUAUUCUGUAUAUAAACCAACCAAGAGGAAUGUCAUGUACAGUAACGUUUUCUGCAACUGUUCAUAGACAUUUUUAAUUCUUUAAGGGCAGAUUAUGGAGUAGGGUUAAUUAAACCAUCAAAUUAUUAUAUGAUCUAUUUUUUCAGUGGUGGAAUUUAUUUAGUAUUGUACUUUCCAUAUUGAUUCUCCUUGCCAAACACAGUAACCAUUAAUCUCCCUCGGAGAUUAAACUACAAUUUACUGUUCUGGCUUCAGUGUUGUCUUUUUUAUGCUGAUGCCCAUGUAGUCAGAGUGUCUGAAGCAUUGUGUUCAUGCAGUGAAUUGGCACCUGUGCUUAAUUCAAUCAUGUUAAAGCGAUGAGUCUUGCAGACAAUGGGGAAGCGGCACAGAAGUUAAUGAAUUAAACAUCGGCUGAGGAUAAGAAGUCCUUCCUACAAGUCACUGCUGCUAAAUGUAUCCCAAACCGAUGAAACAAAUAAUGUCACAGCACAAUUAGUAUUUUCAAAGUGAAGUAAAAAAAAAACAAAAGGUUGCAUGCUGCGUUUGGCAAAGUCUGUUUGUAUAAUACAGUGUGAAGCACAAAGGAACAUUUACAAAGCUUUCCCCCCCCACACACUGCUACGCUUGCAACACUUACAGGUGAUAAGGGGCGAACGCUUGGGAAUUUACAACAAACUCUGCAUUUAUUGAAUCAUGCAUAAAAACGCUGUAAAAAAAGAUAAUUUACAACAAAGUGGUGCAAACUUCUCACCUCAUAUACUGUACGGGGUUUACAUGUGAGUGUGCUGUAGAAGCCAGGGUCGUAUUUUGUGGAACUGGCCCGGUACAUUAUUUUAAACAAAGAUUGUAAGGUUGUUUUUUUUGCCAAAAAAAUGCUGUAUGCAAUUUUAAUGUUAAUGUACUGUACUGUAUAUUUGUUUUCUUUUUAACUGGAGGGCCUUUAUACAGCAUGCACUAUUACUUA